AUGGUUUUGCCACCAGGUUUUAAAAGUGAUAAACCUAAUCAAGCUUGCAAACUCUUGAGGUCCUUGUAUGGUCUAAGACAGGCAAGUAGACAAUGGAAUGUGAAACUCACAAGGGCCUUACAAGCUGCUGGUUUUAAGCAAUCCUCAGCUGAUCCUUCAUUAUUUACUAAGGCCAAAGAUGAUGCUUUUCUUGCCUUACUCAUAUAUGUGGAUGACAUACUUGUAGCAGGUACAAGUCCUUCCCAGAUUCAAUCCUUGAAACAGAUGUUGGAUGAUGCCUUUAAGAUCAAGGAUCUAGGCACACUAAACUACUUCUUGGGUAUUGAAGCUCUUAGAACUCCCAGUGGCCUUCACUUGUGCCAAAGAAAAUACAUUCUGGACAUCCUUGCAGAAAAUGGUUUUUUGGACUCUAAACCAUCCAACACACCAUGUGUCACAGGGCAGAAACUUACCAACUAUGAAGGAAACUUACUUGCCAAACCUGAAGUCUACAGAAAGCUAGUUGGCAAGCUCCUAUAUCUUACACACACCAGGCCUGAUAUCUCUUAUUCUGUCCAGCAACUUAGUCAAUUUGUGGACAAGCCAAGGGACUCUCACCUAACUGCUGCUCACAGGGUUUUAAGAUACUUAAAGAGAUCACCAGGCAAAGGUUUGUUCUUUCCAUCCACCUCACAAAUCAAGCUUCAAGGCUUUUCUGAUUCAGAUUGGGCCUCCUGUGCUGAGACCAGAAAAUCUAUUACAAGCUUCUGCAUCUAUCUUGGGGAUUCUCUUAUUUCCUGGAAGACUAAGAAACAGGCUACCAUCUCCAGAUCAUCCUCUGAAGCUGAGUAUAGAGCUCUGGCUUCCACAGUUUGUGAAGUCCAGUGGCUUGUGUAUUUGUUGGCAGAUUUGCAGAUAACCAUUACUGAGUCCAUUCCUAUCUUUUGUGACAACAAAUCUGCUAUUGCUAUAGGUGAAAAUCAUGUUUUCCAUGAAAGAACCAAGCACAUUGAGAUUGAUUGCCAUGUAGUGAGGCAAAAGGUUUGUGAGGGCUUGAUAAAGUUGAUGGCUGUUUCCACACUGCAGCAAACAGCAGAUGGUUUUACCAAAGCUUUGCCUAAGAUUUUGUUUGAUAACUUUCAUGAUAAGCUGGGCAUUCGGGACAUUCAUGCUCCAGCUUACGGGGGGGUGAUGAAGCAAUAG